AUGGCGGGUUCGUCCUCAAAGGGGCUUCGAGGCAAACUUUCUCGAGGAGGAAUUUUGGUGUAUUUCUGCGUCUGGCUCUUUCAGCCGACAGCCUCAAUGCGCAUGGCUGGUGCACCUGCGUGGCUCGAGACACCCCAGGCGCCUUCGGGCAUUUCUCUCUUCCCUCCCCGCACCCUUGCAGAGCGUUCGGAAAAACAUCGCCAGCAAGGCGAAGCCGCUAAGCUCUUCCGCGUCUCAGGAUUCCGCCCGCUGCCCCUCAAAUUCGCCGCUCGAAAAGACUUCAUCGAGACUUCCCCCUUAAAGGCAACUAAAGGCCUUCCACGAGAUACCGGGGUCUGUGCGGAGGGCGAGAUUCUCGCCAAGAAGGCUGCCCCGCACCAGCCGCGCAGGGGGGGGAGCCCGUCGACUUCUGCUGGGAGGCGGCUUCCAGCAAGCUUCUGCGAAGGGGGUGUGGAGAUCGACGCUGAGGAUGGCGUGCAGAGGAGGGCUGCUCUGGCGCUGCGGCUGGAAGUUUUGCGGAAGGCGAAGGCGAAGGAAGAAGCUCGCAGUGCCUUCCCUGUUGCCCUCCGCAUACCACACCCAGAGCUGGUUGCCGGGGUCUCCUACCGUCGCUUGGGCAACCCGAUGCCACAGCAAAAACAGCAGCAGCAAAAACAGCAGCAACAAAAACAGCAGCAACAAAAUCAGCAGCAACAAAAUCAGCAGCAACAAAAUCAGCAGCAACAAAAUCAGCAGCAACAAACCACAGGGCCUUUGGUGAGCUCGCUCUGCGUGGGAACUUCUCUAAUUGGCGGCAACGUCAUGCAAGAUGACGACUCGGCCUUCAAGAUGCUUUGUUCUGCAUACGAGGAAUAUGGCAUCAACUUUUAUGACGUUGGCGAGUUGGACCCCCUGCCCCACUCCCCCCAGCACCACGGCAGCGGUCACAGCGGGGUGCUUCGCCAGUUUUUUCGGAAAUAUCGCGGUCUAGGAGGAAGCGAAGGGGCCCCCUCCUCUGCCGCAGUAGCAACUGCUGCUGCUGCUGCUGCACCGGAAGACGAGGGAGCUUUGCGUGCCGAAGCGCAGCGUCUCUGCGUCUCCGUGCGGCUGCUCAGCGGCUCUGUGGGGCCUUUCGACUAUGAGCGUUUCGCUCUCGAGAGGAAGCGGCGCGAAGCCACAGCCUGCGUUGCCGCGUGGGAAGCUGCAGCUGCAGGCGCUGACAGAUCCGAAAUUGCAGCCGUGGCAGCUGCUGCCGUCGAGGCUGCAGCUACAGCCGUAGGCAGAGACACGGAAGGCUCCACGCGCUGGGCAAGAGCGACGGGCUGGUGGGCACGGGGGGAUCGUGGAGUCUCAAGACUAACAGCGAAAGCCCUCGAGGCAGCUGUUGACGGCAUGUUGGAUCGUCUGGGAGUCGACUGCAUCGACCUCCUCCAGCUUGCCGAGCCACACCGCUACGUUCCCCGCCACAGCAUGGGGGAAGACACGUACUGCUGGGGACUCGAAAGACCGGCGGAAGAAUCGGUGUCCAUUGAGGAGCAACUCGAGAUGCUCUCGGGCCUUAUUCGAAAAGGCAAGGUGCGCUACAUAGGCGUCAGCAAUGAGACGGCGUAUGGAGUCUUCAAGUGGGUGCAAGCUGCAGAAGAGAUGGGGUUGCCACGGAUCGUAGCUUCCCAGCACCUCUACAAUAUCAUGCACCGCAACGAGCUCGAAACCUCCGGAAUUCCUGAGAUGGCGUUUCGCCUUGGCGUGCCGGUACUGGCAUAUGGGACACUUGCUGGAGGCAUUCUAACGGGGAAGUAUCUUGAUCCUGAGCGAUUUCAUUCAAAAGGUCCUGACGUGAGGCAGGGGCAAGAUGAGCUGGAAAGCGGCGUUGGAACGUAUCGAUACAAGGUGCCUGAAGACUUUGGUUACUUGUCGUAUGGCCCUUCGACAGGACGCGCCAAUCUGUGGCCUUCAACCUACCACACCCACAGGUCCGUUUGGAGUCAGUGGCUGAUGGGGGAACUCAUCAAGGCGGGCCGAGUCUACGGUCUUACAGCGGCGCAACUAGCGCUCAGCUGGGUGUACUCUCGCCCUUUCGUUGCCUCUACGAUCAUCGGUCCGAGGACUAUGGGUCAGCUGCGGGAAAGCGUGCGUACCCAAAACUAUGCGCUGCCUCCGUCCUUGGAGCGCCAUCUUCAUGAGCUGUAUCUACACUACUCCGCGCCAACAAUGGGCGGUCCUCAGUUGCUGAGCCAGCUCCCCGACGAAGAAGCAAAGGUGCAGCCGCCGAUACCGCAGUCCGAUUUCAUGAAGUGGGGGAAGCAGCCGAUAUGGAGUGGUGGGACGUACUGGGAAAACUGGCCGCAGCCCUUGCUAGCAGAAAAGGUGGCAUACUUUGACCGAGAGAACUUGGCGCGCGAAGUUAGGGGUGCCGCCGGAGCGCUAGACGAUCCCUCAGACGAGGGUGUCAUCAAUCUGCGAUUAUGGAGAGAGAGGCUCGAUGAAGGCCUUCCCGGCGAGUACUUUGCCGUCAAAGAGCAACAGCUGUUUGGAUGGGACACGCAUACUGUGGAUGGCGACAUGCUACGCGAUAUGACGCCUGAGGAACGACAAGAGCAGCACCACAUGGACUGGCAUUUAUGCUGGAAAGGAGGCAAGGUGCACCGCGUGCCUACGACGGAUGCCAUGAAAGCCUUCUACAACAACCGCAAGGCCACCAGCGAAGUCAUUCACAAAAACUUCAAGGCCUUCAAGGACUUGACGCUACACCGUGAACAGCUUGGAGAGCUCGUGCCAGAGUUGUGGAAUCGAUGGGACUAUGAUCUGAUCGCAAGGAAGUGCAAGGAGAAGCAUGGCAUCGACAUAAACGACCCCCAGCUGUGGGAAGACGUGGAAUUCGGAGGAACCAAUGCGACGCGCAAGGAUCACGAACGCAUAGCCUACACCCGACCCUUCUGGUACUUCGAACAUGGCGGCUAUCCGGACAAACCGGUCGAGCAACAGACAGGCGCAGAGUCAGAUUCUUGA